AUGGAUUUACAGAGAGCACAACUAGCAGAAAUGCUAAAAGAGUUAAAAUCCAGGAGCAAAGCGAGAAUUGCCACAGAGUCAGGGAUUUUCACGCUUAUAUUAUCAUUGUGUUUACUUGGAAACUCUAUAACGCUACUGAUAAUGCUGAAAAAUCGUCGAAUGAGAGUGAUACCGGCGAACAUCUUCGUCACAUCGCUUGCGAUUUCCGACUUCGCCUUAGCAGCGUUAUCUAGUUUUUCUGGUUUUGCUGUAGUUCUUACAUCUCGAUGGCCUUAUAGCCAAUUAACCUGCCAAUUCCAAGGCUACUUGGCUAUAACUCUAGCAAUUGCGUCUAUGCAAACUUUAGCCUUGAUGGCAUUGAAUCGAUAUUUUCGGAUUGUCAACCCGAAAAGAUAUCGACGCUAUUUCAGCAAAAAGAAGACCAUACUGAUAAUUUGUGCAUCGUGGUUGUACUCGCUUUGCGCUCCUUUGCCCUACACGAUAAGCGGAAAUAAGAUGGUUUUUCACCCUUCGAAGUUCUUCUGUUACCUUCAAAUCGACAGUCGGGCAUUUACAACGCUCAUGGCGAUAGUCUACGUUGGUCUCCCAACUUGCAUAAUAUUCUACUGUUAUCUUAGAAUAUUCAACACCGUUCGCAGCCACAACAGUAAUUUCGAAACCUCUCGCAAUGCCAGAAAUACAGUUAACGUAGAGGAGAUUAAGGUGGCGCGCACAUUAUUUGUAAUAGUGGUGUUUUUUAACAUCUGUUGGACGCCCAUAUUUGUAAUUGAUAUUACGGAUACAGUCCUUGGACGUUGGAUCUUCCCUCGCGAGGCAUAUGUUGCAUACAGCUUCUUAGCCACUAUAAGUAGCGCUAUAAAUCCAUUGAUAUACGGUGUGCUAAAUAAAAAUUUUCAAAAGGAAUAUCUGAAAAUUCUACGCUGCAGUUGCUGCGAAGUGCGAACGACCAUUCAGCCGAUAAUGACGGUGGAAAAACGAACAAGCACGAUC